ACAUGGCAUGCUCGGAAAAGUUACGUAUGAUGACUAUCAACCUUACCUGCUGGCCAUGUCCAACAUUUUGGAAAUUAGCUUUACUAUUAGUACUCGUACGCCAUGUGCUUUUCGUCUCCUUGUAAUCGUCAAGCUGCUAUUCAUUUUGCUCUUGCUAUGUUGUCGUUUGCUAUCUAUGUAUAUUAAAUAAUAACCUUCCAAAAUUUUUCUGAAACGUCAAACUAGUAUACUCUCUGUAUUACUCAAAACUAGGAGAUCUAUUCCUUCAAUGGCAAUUCCUUGGCUUCUCUUCGGCCUUGCUUACGCACUGCUCAUCACAGCUCCUCAAUCAUCAACUUCUGAAGAUAACCGAGAGGCUUAUAUUGUUUAUAUGGGUGACAUACCAAAAGAAGAGGUUUCCACAUCUUCCGUUCACAUAAACAUGCUGCAAAACGUCAUUGGCAGCAAUAAUAUUAAGCCAGCUGGAACUCUCCUCCAUAGCUACAAAAGGAGUUUCAAUGGAUUUGCUGCCAAGCUCACUAAGGAAGAGGCUGAAAAAAUGGCUGGAAUGGGGAGUGUAGUGUCAAUGUUCCCCAGCCAAAAGAUGAAGCUCCAUACAACAAAGUCAUGGGACUUCAUUGGAUUUCCACAGAAUGUUAAAAGAAGCACAAUUGAAGGUAACAUCAUCAUAGGAGUAUUCGAUACCGGAGUUUGGCCGGAAUCCAAAAGCUUUGACGAUAAAGGAUUUAGUCCACCACCCAACAAAUGGAAGGGCACUUGCCAAGUCUCAGCCAAUUUUACUUGCAACAACAAAAUUAUCGGAGCAAAGUAUUACAAAAGCGAUGGCUUCUUUGAAAAAGCUGAUCUAAAAUCUCCAAGGGAUUCGGAUGGCCAUGGGACACACACAGCAUCUACAGCUGCAGGAGGCCUAGUUAACAUGGCAAGUCAACUAGGGUUUGGUUUGGGGACUGCAAGAGGAGGGGUCCCAUCAGCUCGUAUUGCUGUUUACAAAGUAUGUUGGUAUGAAGGUUGUGAUGACGCUGAUAUUUUAGCAGCAUUUGAUGAUGCAAUUUCUGAUGGGGUUGAUAUAAUCACGGCUUCUAUAGGAGGUACCUCGGUAAAUGAUUAUUUCAAGAGUGCAAUGGCAAUUGGAUCUUUUCAUGCCGCGAUAAAAGGAAUAUUGACAUCAAACUCUGCUGGUAACCGAGGUCCUGAACUGUCCACUCUCUCAAACUUUGCCCCAUGGUCUCUUUCUGUGGCUGCAGCCACCAUUAACAGGAAGUUCUUGACCAAGGUUCGCUUAGGUAACAACAACAUUUACGAGGGAAUUUCAAUUAACUCAUUUGACCUCAAGAAUGAGACAUUUCCUCUAAUAUAUGGUGGUGACGCCCCAAAUACAAGCUCGCAAUCCAGGUAUUGUUUCCCAAACUCAUUGAACAAGAAUUUGGUGAAGGGUAAAAUUGUGAUCUGCGAUGUCCUUACAAAUGGAAGAGGACCAUUUUUAGCUGGAGCUGCUGGUCUUGUAAUGAAAGGCCAAGUCGUAGGAGAUGUAGUUGGAUCUUUACCUUUGCCUGCAUCUUUCCUUAGUGUAGACGACGGUAGCAAGAUUAACACGUAUAUGAACUCGACAAGAAACGCAACUGCAUCCAUAUUCAGAAGUAACGAGGUAACAGAUAAGCUGGCUCCUUAUAUACCCUCAUUUUCGUCAAGGGGUCCAAAUCCAAUAUCACGUAACAUUCUCAAGCCGGAUUUAGCUGCCCCAGGAGUUUAUAUUCUGGCAGCAUGGUCUCCAAUUGCUCCAAUUUCAGGCGUUGAAGGAGACGAUAGGGUAGUGAACUAUAAUAUAAUCUCAGGCACAUCAAUGGCUUGUCCACAUGCUUCGGCCACUGCCGCAUACAUCAAAUCAUUCCAUCCCACAUGGUCCCCAGCUGCUAUCAAGUCCUCUCUUAUAACUACUGCUAAUCCCAUGAGAUCCGAUUUGAACCCUGAAUCUGAAUUUGCAUAUGGGUCCGGUCUGCUAAACCCUAUCAAAGCUCCAUUUCCUGGGUUGAUAUAUGAUAUUGAGGAGCUUGACUAUGUGAGAUUCUUGUGUGGAGAAGGCUACAAUACCAAGUUAGUGCAAAUCAUUACAGGGAACGUUAGCAUCGAGUGUCCCAAAGGGAAUAAUGAAACAAUUAUUAUUGACCUGAACUAUCCUUCCUUUGCUCUUUCCACCCCAGCUUCAGAAUUUUUCAGUCGUGUUUUCCACAGGACAGUCACAAAUGUAGGGUCUCCAACUUCAACGUAUAAAGCUAACUUGAUUGGCCCAUUAGGAUUUAAUAUUACAGUUGAACCUAGUGUUUUAUCGUUCACAUCUCUCGGGCAAAAGCUAUCGUUUGCUUUGAAGAUAGAAGGAAAAUCAGAUGGAUUUUUGGAAUCUGCUUCAUUGUUGUGGGAUGAUGGUACUUUCCAAGUGAAGAGCCCCAUUGUCAUCUACGUUGCACUGUAAGGUAUUGCAUGCAUAUAUUAGCAUAAGAAAAUACAAGACUUUGUUGUUGGUGUUUGAACUCCAUAUGUCAAGUUUGAAUAAUGACUUUGUACUCGCUGAGUCUUAAAAAGGAAGACAGUCAGGUGUUGUGUUGUCAUAUAUAUAACAGUGGCAAUAUGUUAAUUAUCUGUACGUCAAAACCAUUAUUAAUUUCAUGUAACAAUGGUUUAAUGUUUAAAUC